AUGAAUCAUCAUAAUCCCACCAAUAUUUUUCAUGAAGGAUCAACAUUACGCGCAAGUACAUUCCUCACAGGAAUUUUGUGGCCUCUGUGCCACUUAGCAGCUGGGAGAUUGGUGGGCCCCAAUUACUGGCAUUUUCUCUUCAGUAUCCAUGGCUCUGAUGCACACCAUUAUCGUGAACUAAAUAUCUCACCAUCCAUUGCAGUGCUUCUGUUAUACGCAGCUUCCGCCUCUUCAUUCCGGUUGACUGUUGUCAGAGCCAAGGCACCAAGUCGAGAUCUUCAUUGUUGGAAAUGUCUUCUAAGUGACCUGGAAAAAUGUCUCUUAAAACAGCGUCAUCGUGAUUGA